AUAACCGAGAAGCAGCCCGCCCACAUAUGCACUCCCCGAGCCCAGAGCCCCAGACAUCCUGACCCCCCUUGCGCUAUAGCUCUUGCUUCUAGUUGUUCAUAAGCUUGCUCGUCUUCUUGUCUCUGCCGUCGAUCGACCAUGGACGGCCGCGACGACUUCUUCACCGACUUCAUGGAGCUGCAGCCGGACAAGGGCGGCCUGCGCAACCUGCUCCACCUGCUGUGCUCCUGCAAGGUCGCCGACAACGACGCCGUUGACUGCCCCAUCGGCACCGAGGUCGCCGAGCGGUGGCGGAGGUGGGUCAUCUUCGUCUCCCUCGUCGCGCAGAUGCUGCUGCUGUGGGUCAAGAGGCCCAUGGCCGCGGUCGGGAGGGGGAUCGAGUACUGGAUGAACAUGCUCACCGACAAUGGCGGCAGCAUGAUCGGGCUUAUCAGGAAUGCUAUGCAAGGGAAAGUACGCAUUCCAGACAGGAAUUCCCCAAAUUACCGGUCGUUCAUCGGACUAAUUGACACAAGAAUUAAUCUGGACAAGAAGAUCAAGGCAGGGGAUAGCAAUUACCAUGCAGCUCUGAGUAUCAUGGCCGCAAAAGUGGCCUACGAGAACGAGCUCGUCAUCAAAAGCGUUGUUGAAAACCAUUGGCAGAUGACGUUCUUGGAGUUCUUCAACUGCUGGAAUGAAUUCAGUGGUGAUUACACCACCCAGGCUUUCAUGCUCGCGGACAAGCCGGCGGACGCGGACCUCGCCGUGAUCGCCUUCCGCGGCACGCAGCCGUUCGACGCGGAGCAGUGGUGCACGGACGUGGACUUGUCGUGGUACGAGAUUCCCAGGAUGGGCAAGGUCCAUGGCGGCUUCAUGAAGGCGCUCGGGCUGCAGAAGAACACCGGGUGGCCGGCGGAGGCCGAGCAUGAGCAGACGCCGGCCGGGUCCGGGACCGGGACCGAGAAGCGCCAGUACGCGUACUACGCCAUCCGCGGGAAGCUUCGUGCGUUCCUGGCCGCGAACCCGCGCGCCAGGUUCGUCGUGACAGGCCACAGCCUCGGCGGCGCUCUGGCCGUGCUGUUCCCGACCGUGCUGGCGCUGCACGGCGAGGAGGCGCUGCUGGGCCGGCUGGAGGGGGUGUACACGUACGGGCAGCCCCGCGUCGGUGACGCGCAGCUCGGGAAAUACAUGGCCAAGUACCUGGACAAGCCGAGGCGGUACUUCCGCUUCGUGUACUGCAACGACGUCGUGCCGCGGGUUCCCUACGACGACGCGGCGCUCCUGUUCAAGCACUUCGGGCGGUGCCUCUACUUCGACAGCCUCUACAGGGCGCGGGCGAUGGCGGAGGAGCCGAACAAGAACUACUUCUCGCCGCUGUUCAUCGUGCCCAAGUACGCGAACGCGGCGUGGGAGCUGGUCCGGGGAUUCCUCAUCGGGUACGUGGACGGGCCCGAGUACGCGGAGGGUUGGGCGAUGCGGGCCAGCAGGGCCGUCGGGCUCGUGGUCCCCGGCUUGCCGCCGCACUCGCCGCAGGACUACGUGAACGCCACCAGGCUCGGCGCCGCGUCCCUCGAGCUGCUACUCCGUGAUCAAUAAUAGUCUGCACGUACAUGGUUAGCGCUUGCGAAAAAAUUCAUGGAAAAUGCAGGAAUAGAAUUAACGUGUAUGAAACGAAAAUGUCAACCCAGUUAAUCUCGGGUAAAUACACGAUUCAUCAGAUUAA